AUGCUCCAGACACUAACAUCGAGAACAUAUCCAAGCAUAAGAUUUUUCAACUCAACAGCAGUAAUAAAAUCUUCGUCAUUGACUUUAAAGGAAGCUUUAGAAAAUGUGAUACCUCAAAAGAGGGAUACCGUAAAAGAAUUAAAGUCCACAUAUGGGGGUACAGUAGUCGGGCCAAUUACUAUUUCGUCGGUUCUAGGAGGAAUGAGAGGAAAUCAAUCAAUGUUUUGGCAAGGGACAUCAUUAGACCCAGAACAUGGUAUAAGAUUUCAAGAUUUAACAAUCGAACAGUGCCAAAAGAGAUUACCUAACACUGGUAUCGAUGGCGAUAAUUUUCUUCCAGAAUCAAUGCUAUGGUUACUAAUGACAGGUAGUGUGCCAACAUUCGAGCAGACUGGUUCUCUAAGGAGAGAACUAGCAAUUCGCGGAAGAAAAUUACCCCAUUAUACAGAGAAAGUUUUGCUAAGUUUACCUAAAGAUAUGCAUCCUAUGACUCAGCUUGCAAUUGGAUUAGCAUCAAUGAACAAAGGAUCUAUUUUUGCUAAAAACUACCAAAAGGGGCUGAUAGGGAAGAAUGAUUUUUGGAAGGACACACUUGAGGAUUCCUUAAACCUGAUAGCCUCUCUACCACUGCUAACGGGUAGGAUUUAUUCAAAUAUUACAAAUGAAGGACAUCCAUUGGGAGAAUAUAGUGAGCAUGUUGAUUGGUGCACAAACAUAUGUUCUUUGCUCGGGAUGACCAAUGGAAGGAGCUCUUCUAACACCUGCAACCUUAAUUCCCAGCAAUCCCUAGACUUCAUCAAUUUAAUGAGGUUAUAUACCGGUAUACAUGUUGAUCAUGAGGGCGGCAAUGUUUCUGCGCACACUACACACUUGGUUGGAAGUGCCUUGAGCGACCCGUAUCUCAGCUACUCGUCUGGGAUAAUGGGGUUGGCUGGACCUCUACAUGGGCUGGCUGCACAAGAAGUGGUUAGAUUUCUCAUAGAGAUGAACUCGAAUAUUUCCAGUACCGAACAAGAGGAAGAAAUCAAAAACUAUCUCUGGAAGGUUUUGAAUUCAAACCGUGUGAUUCCCGGAUAUGGGCACGCAGUUUUACGCAAGCCUGAUCCUCGGUUCACAGCGAUGCUUGAAUUUGCACAAAAGAGACCUACUGAAUUUAAAGAUGACGAGAAUGUUUUAUUAAUGCAAAAGUUAUCAGAAAUUGCACCUAAAGUUUUGUUAGAACAUGGAAAAAGUAAAAAUCCAUUUCCAAACGUUGAUUCAGCCUCGGGAAUUUUAUUUUAUCAUUAUGGAAUCAGAGAGCUAUUAUUCUUUACCGUCAUUUUUGGGUGUUCAAGAGCCAUAGGACCUCUGACGCAACUUGUUUGGGAUCGCAUUUUAGGUUUACCAAUCGAAAGGCCAAAGAGUUUGAACUUUGAAGGCUUGAAAGCACUCACAAAUAACGAUAACUAA